CUCAUUUUUCAACAAAAUACACUUUAAGAUAACUCUUUUAUGUGGCCGUGAAUGCAAAAGUUUAAUUGUCUGAGUUUUUACCGAUCGGUUAACUGCGGUGUGCUGUUGUGCGUUUGAUUUUGAGACGCCCCCCGAGGGAUCUCGCUAGUGUUGGUUUCUCAUUCAGUGACAGGCAGUCGGCCCGUACGGAGUUAGAAGGAAGCUAGCGAGCUGGAUUCCAUCGUGCCCCCUCCCCCCGAGUUUUGCAGUGUCGUGUCUCAGGCAGGCAAGUUAGGAACGUGAAUCCACACCGAGAUUUUAUCAACUUUUCAAGUGGAGUGAAAGUUAAAAAAAAAGUUUGCGUUUUUCUCUUUGCUCAUCACUUUGUGAAUUUGCUAAAAAUAGCGCUUUCAGGAUUACAACUCAUCUGGCAGUUCGCAAACCAUUAGAAAAGCUGUGGAAUUCUUAUAAAGCAGAUUGAGGAAAGUUUUGACAAACGGAAAACCAUGGAGUCUUUAGUUAAUAUCGUGUGUUUGGUUUUACUGGUAUGUGCACUGUCGCUAUGUGAGGGGGCAUAUGGGGGUUGUAAAGAGGCUGGCUUCUGUUGCGACGGCAAAAACAUUACAUGUCAUGUCGUUAUGGGCAACCCCCGGUUUCCAAGGAGAUGUUAUUGCGACAGUUAUUGCCAGGAAACUAACGACUGUUGCCCAGAUUACAACUCCCACUGUAAAGACGGCAAAGAUAAAGUUCCUGUGAAUUGUGAAGUAGGACUUUGGGGGAAGUGGAAUGAAUGUGAGUCUUCAUGUGGACUUGGACGUACAGAGCGCAGUCGGCAAAUCCUAGUCACUCCAAAAAAUGGUGGAAAAAUCUGUCCCAAACUCCGGCAAAAACGCAGAUGUAUGGGAAAGCGGUGCUGGGAGGUUCAAGAUGUGACAUAUCAAGGACAGGAGUUGCAAGAAAUUGGAAAAAUUCUUCCGGCAGAAUUCGGAAUUUUCAGGACUGACAAACAAUAUGAUCCCUACCAGGGCAUCAGGAAAAAUCUCUUUUCUAGGAUCAGUAACGAAGUUCCCCCGAGGCCAGCAUACUGCAGUCAUUACAAGAUCGUUGAGUCGAACCGUCAUUGUAACACAACCGACUUUGGUAAAACAUGGGCAAACAAACUUCAGCCGGGAAAUAAAGUCUGCGUAGAAUGUCAACCCUUCGCCAUGGACAAGGAAGCCGGUUUACGCUGUAAAGGUCAUGGUGUGUACCGACGGCCUACCCACUGGAAGGCUCUCGACGUUCACCACUGUCAUGGCAAAUGGAUAAUGGAAGAGAUCCAUGGGCCCUGUACAUGUAAUGUCUUUGGGGAUAGUGAUUUCAUCCUCGUCUAACUCAAGAAUCAUGGGCCGGGCAUUUGAACCGGUCCAUUAUCAUCACCUGUAAAUCUCUCACAAAUGAUUGUGAUAUUAUUUUAAUGAGUUGUUAUGUUUGACUCCAAACAUGACCAUAUUUGGAACAUUGUAUGAAAGCCAUAUAGACUGUAUAUAUUAUACUGUUUGGUUGAGACUUGACA